CCAGGAAGUCCCGGUUUUACAGUAAUAGUUAUUUGUUAGGUUAAAAUCUAGUCUAGAGUCCAUGUGUGUUGUGAACGCUUUCGAUUGACGGGACAAUCUCUCCCUUUUUUUCUCAGUGUGCAAAGUGAAGUAAUUAGUUUGCUAUCUUGGGGAAUGACAAACUGAAGGAGAGUAAGAAGGAAAAAAAAAGGGAAAUUAAGCGACGGAUUAAGUCGGAUGGAUUUUUAUUUAGGCAUAAUCUAUUUAUAAGUCACCGCUACGAGGUGGGAAACACUGGAGUAGUUGUGAAUGGAAUUAAUUCUAACUAUAUAUUAGGAGGUGAACAUGUGUUGUGCUGUCGUGUGUUCUUAUGAUUAGAAAAGUAUUUCUUUUUUCAAUCAAGCCUGGAUAUAUAUAUGUGUGUGUGUGUGUUUCCUUUUCUAAGUGGAGUACAAAUCGCAGGUGCUGGAUAUUGUUACCUGCGUUCAGAUGUGAAUAUUCGUUUGAUACAUUGCCUAAGAUUGAUCAAUGUUUAAAUUCGGUCUAAUUACUUGAAUUUGGUAACUAUUAUGUUAAGGAAAUUAUUCCUAUUCAAACACCGUGUGACAAAAGCUGAAAUCUAAUUUGGAUAUUGUGAAUCAUGUGACCGCUAUCAUGAGUUUUACGCACAGGGCAAAGAAGAAACUAAUCGGCUCUUUCUCCAAGAGGAAAAAAUUCAAAUUAACCUCCCUUGACAAGAAAAGCGAGAAGUUUCCUCCCCCUGUGCCCAAGUCACGUCCACCCUUGCCGAAUUUCUCCCAGCAUGCCUAUGAGGAGAAAGGCAAACUGCAGCCAGCGAAGUCUCUUCCUGAAUUGUGGGACGAGACUUUCCGUCAAGAACUGUCAGUGCCAGCUCCUCUCUCGGCGUCUUCCGCUUCUUUAAGCUACUCCCUUGACAGCGUUGGGUUCACACAGAGUGUCAAUAAAGGAUUCGACCCCAUGGCACCCAUUGAUGAGACUCGAGCUCGGUCCGCAAGCCUUGGAGAUGUACAGUUUCAAUCUGGGCUUUCGUUACGAACAUUAAGUCAGAAUGAACGCGUCUUUCCCUACGGAGAUGCUCAUUUACCUCUUAAAGACAUUGCAAACUCUCUAGAUCAAAAGCAGAGGGAGAUGUCUUUAAUUCCGAUUCACUGUCAUAGUAGAAGCUCGAUUGAAUCAGAGUUCGCAAGGGAGCAUCUACUGGAAACAAGCCUUAGAAAUUUCGUUGCAGGAAAAACCUCCAAGUUAAAGAAAAUCUUUAGGUCUAGGAGUUUUUCCUCGCCCAGUCAAGUUUUCGGAAAUUCCCUGAGCAGCCCGACCUCGGAUUAUUCUGCGACAAGCUCUAAUGGCUUCUCAAGCUGUUCUAGCAUACCUGAGGUCAUCAGCACUGGGCACAAUGGCGCAGAUUUAUCCCCUGACAACGCUGAGAAUACUGACCUUGAAAACGUCUUUGAAGAUGCCUUUAACGGUUCUUGUUUGAGUGCUAAGGACGAUUGUAGUGGGAAAUUAACCCCUGAAGAAGAAACAUAUCAAGCAGCUUUGCGCAUUAGUCCUUGUUUUGAUGACAACUUGGAGAACCCUUCCGAGCAUUCCGACAGCGUAGCUGUUAUUAUACCAAGAAUGGAUAACUCGGUUUUGAAGAAAAUUCAUUAUUUCGAAACCAUUGGAGAUUUCGAACGGCCAUACCUGGAGAGAGAAUCGUAUGUAACUAAUAACAGACAUAAUAUCAGUCCGGAGCUCGAUACAGCGAACGUUGCGUUUCAGAAAGCCAACUCUUCCAAUGACAAGCAAAUCAGGCCCAAAGAUUUGCCUCAUUUGACAACUUCAGCAUCAGUCAGGCACCAGAAGACAAUGUUCAGGAGUGCUUCUUCUCUCAGCGUUUUCUCUCGGGUUUUUCCAGAUCUCAGUUCGGGAACCCCGAGACUUAAUUUUAACAAAUUCAAACGGUCGCAGUCUAUACCUGAGACAAGUGUGCUGUGUAGCUGUGGGCGAGGCUGUGAGACUCGCUGCAGUUUAAUGGAUGAAGAGGUCGAUAACACGCAGGAUAUCUUUAUGGAUGCUGCUGACGAAUUUGUUGAUGGUGACUCUAGUCUUAAGGUGUGCCACCACCCGCAAUGUAUGGAAGACAACCUUGAGCGUCCAUUGCAGCUGUGCCGUACCUGUGAUAUCACCAUCCAUAAGCAACCGGAGUUUAGUGGUCACUUGGUUCUGGACACUGGGAAAAAACGUGGUCAAGCGGUCAAGCAGCCCGUGAUUAACGCAGAAAAUGACAGCGAGGAUAGCGACCCGAUGGACACCCAGACGUCAGUGUCGGACGACCAGGUGGACGGUCUCUAUGUCAAGUAUACUUCAAAGUAUAGAAACAGAUCCCCAAGUGAAGUGGAGAAAAAAUUACAAAGACGGAAGGCCUUGAGGAAGAAAAACUCAAACGAUGGUCUGGAUGCUGCUUUGGCCCAGAUAGCUGACCCGGAAAACUUCGACUCACCAACACUUAGCCGGAUGGACUCAGCACCGGAUCUCAGGUCCAGCAGAGAUCAUAUAAGCCGAAGAGAUUCUAGUCAAAGCGACUGGAGCUAUAGUGGCGUCCAUGUGGAACCACUGGACAGUCCAUCCGAUACUUUCACUAUUGGGGGUAGCUCAGCGAGGUCGAGAGUGCGUAGACAGAACAGAGUAACAGGAAGUGACUAUAUCACACUCAUGUUCGGCAAGGGAAGUGACUCCAAGGAAGAUUCCGAGGUUGUCUCUGCUGUAGAGAGCUUGACAUUAAGAGAAACCAUUGCCCCUCUACUGGAACGAAGAAAUCUUGACCUCUACGGCGUCAAUGUCUUCUUAGAAAAGUCUAAGACCCCGUUACCAAUGGACUGUGAUAUAUUCCACCUGAAGGGAACAACACUGGAGAUCAAAGAAAAAGAUGACAAGGAAGUUGAACAGCCGAAUCCGAACAAGAAGUCCAGCUCCACCAAGUCUUCCUCUGGGAAAAACAAUAAGCAAUCUGGGCGCAACUCCCGCAGGGACUCGGUGGGAGUGGUGCCGGUCCUGCUUGAGCCCCCUCCUAACAAGCAGCGGAGGGGCUCCUUGCAGCUACCUUUUAGGGAGCACUUUUUUAACAAGGGUGACUCAAAAAGCACUGAGGGCCUCAAGGUGUACGACGACAACUUUGGCAGUCUCAGAGGCAGGGAUAAAUAUAACAAGCUCUCCAUCGACGACACUUUCUACCCGCCGACCAGUCCGUCUGGAACAUGGACCGAGGCCAAAAAGAACAAGUCUCAGAAGCUGUCGGUGGUCAAUUUGUUUACUACGACUGGAAAUAAGGACCGUGAGAGACAGGACCAACUCACUGAGAUCCUCAACCGCUUCAGCACCAAUGGGUUGCCGCCUCUGCCAGAUCUGCUCACGCUUGACCGACCUCACUUUGACGAGAGUAUGUUCAUCAUGGAGCUGAACUGGCGUCUGCUGGUGGAUGGUGAUGAGAGUCUGACCAAAAAGCAGCAGGAGCAUCAGGAAGCCAUCUGGGAACUGUUGCAAACUGAAGUGUAUUACAUCAAACAAAUACGGGUUAUUAUUGAUGUCUUUCGAAACUGCCUCAUCAACAUUCAGAAUGAAGGUUUUCUUAAUGAUGUUGAAACAGACAGGUUGUUUAGCAACAUUGACAAGAUUUAUGAAUGCAACUGUACAUUUUGGCAAAAAUAUCUCCUUCCAGUGUUGAUAAUGUCCAGAGAGUACAAGAAGCCUCUGGACCCUUUGAUAUGCAAAAGUGGAUUUGUAGAACAUUUUCCUCAACUGUUUGAAGUGUAUUUUAAAUAUGUCAUUGAGCACAAAGCAUGUUUGGAUUAUGCAAAAUCUUGUAUGGAAAACAGUGAUCUAUUUAAAACAUUUAUUUUGUGGGCUGAGGCUCAGAAACAGUGUAACCGUCUCAAAAUGGCAGACAUACUAGUGAAGCCCAUGCAAAGAUUAGUAAAGUAUUCACUAUUAUUACAAGCCAUUUUCAAACACACAGAGAAUGAAAUUGAAAGAGCUGAUCUGAAAGAAAUGAUUCAAUCGGUCGACAAAGUCUGCUCAGCUGCCAACAACAGCUUACAAAGGCGAGAAGAGUAUGAAAAACUGGAAGCUGUCAAGAAUAUCAUUGAUAACUCAGAUGCAAUCGAAGCACCAACAGAUGAAUGUGCAAAAAUUAUACAGGAAUACAGUAACAACUUCAGCCUGUUGGCCCCUAUAACUGGCUUUAGGGAGAGUGUCCACAGAAGUCUUUUGUUUCAGGCAAGCUUGAAAAUGAGAGAAGCUCAAAAUACUAAGACUGAUGUUGAAUGUUUCCUGUUUACUGACCUUAUUCUCAUAUGCAAGUCCAAGAAAAGUGACAAAUAUAAAAUUAUCAAACCUCCAAUGAGGCUGGAUCAGUUAGUGGUCAGUGACCUGAAAGAAAAAAAUAGUUUUUUAUUGAUUUACAUGAAUGAGUACAGAGUCCCUAUAUCUGCCUUCACAUUUCAAAAUGACCCUGGAGCUAUUAGACUUUGGUUGGAGAAAUUUCGAGAAGCUCAAAAAGAAUUCAAAAACAGAAAACUGCAUGAAUCAUUGAUUUUGCCUAGGAAAAUUGUAGAUAGCCCUUCAGCCCCUGAAGAUUCAGAGUCAACAGUUUUAACUACUGUGCCGUCUGAUCAAAGCAUUAUAUCCUAUCCUCGCACUGAAAGUGUAGAGUCUGCGGACCAAUUCUUACCAACUUUAACAACCCCCGGUGAUUUGCCUACAGAGCUUGGACAUUCGAGCUCCACUGGUGAUAUAGAAUCUCGUUCAAGCCGAUUAAGUCAGAAAGAGCUCCUUCAUAUCAACACAGACCCCAAAAUGUCUUCAAAUUCAGACUUUUGUCUUUCCGACUUGCACCCUGAUGGUGCUGGUGGCAAUCAGAGUGUUAAACAUAAGCAGGUUACUACCUGUAGAUCUGUUCCAAACAUAAAUGUGGCUCAUAACUCUUCUGAUUCCAAAUCACAGAAAAACAUUAAUGAUAGUGGAAUCUUUAAUGACAGUGAAAUAGUAAAUUCUUUACCUGGAUCUGUGGAUUAUAAUUCAGUAGGUCAGAUCUCUGGAUCUGAUCAGUACUUUGUUGAUGAGGAUUUAUCUAAACAGAGACUCAAUGCUCGUCGAGUGUCACGUUCAGAAAAACGCUAUCACACAGCAGAUUCUAUUCAGGAAAUUAAAAACUUGGAAAAAGACUCCACAAUUCAUAAACGUCUUUCAUGGAGAACAGAUGUAGAUCAAAGUAAAAAUAUUAGCUCCAAAGUGUUGAGUACUGACUCUAUGAGAAGUUUUCCAUCUUCCAGUGGUGUAAGCUCCACAGCGUCACUCCAUCUGAACAUGGAGAGUGAUAUUACUGAGGAAGUGGAGGGUAGUUUCAGCUCCAGCGGUAGCUCCACACAAGUACAUAAAAUAUUUUCAGUGGGUGGUGCAGAUGACAUGGACAAUGGUGAGGAUGACCUUGCUGACAAUGUAUCCAAUUUAGAAGCUUCGCACCCUAAAUCCAGGUCAAUGUCUGACCUAAUUACUAAGGUCAACUCUCUGCAUGUGAUUGAACUGAAAGAUGGGAUCGCUUCAGUGGCAGUUGAAAGCAGUCAGAUAAAGUUAACGCCAGCAGACAUUAUAAAGUUUAAGAAACUUAAACAUCAGGUGCUAGAAGAUGCAAACAUCGAGUCAUCAGAGGUGUAAUGAUUGAGUCACUGUUGAACAACGUCAGCCAUAUUCCUGCCUUGUUCUUGUCAAAUCUGCACAAACCAAGCAAUGAAACUUUUUUUUGUCUGGAAUUGAUGAUUUUUUUUAAUGAAAUCUUAAAUGUUGGGAACAUUGUCAUCUCAAAGUAUCAAGUUAGCAUUAAUUAAUCUUAUUUAAAGCCUUGGUUUUUUUAAAAUCUUUUUUUAUCUAUUUAUUUAAAAUGUAGAAAAAUAAUUCAGAAAUGAUCUGCUAAUCAAUAAUUGAAGGACAAAUUAUGCAAUCUGUCAGUGAAAUAUCAUAGAAUUUAUUUUCUCUUUGUUUUGUAAUAAUCUCUCUAUAUUUUUUUUAUACAUGUAAAUAUUAGCCAAAUAAAGGCUAUGUGAUACAUUCAUACUUGUAUGUACAAGAAAUAUGAAAAUUAUUAUUGCUUUCUUUAUCACCAUAAAAUCCUAGUUAUUUAUGCAAUUAUUUUGUUCUUGUAAUAUAACCAAAAAUGUUCCUGUUUUAAAUUCAUGAAACAAAACAUCUUUUUAGUGCUGCUAUUAAUUCAUAAUCACCUUAUUUAUUUUUAUUUUCAUUUGCUGCCAUACCAAACUGCUGUCAGAAGAAUAAAGCUUGUGUAUGUCUAGUAUUUUAUUGUUCUGUAUUAUGGAGUGUAUCUUAGUUCAAACAUUUUUUUUUUAAUUAGUACAUUGAACAUUUGUUUCAUCAAUAGAAAUUAAAUUAUAAACAUUUUUAGCAUAUCUGUCAUGAAUUGAGGCCUUACCAUGGUAAAACAGUGGCUAAUUACUUCACUUUUGUUUGCAGAAUAUAUUGUUAUUAAAACAAAUGUGGAUGCUAUAAAUUUUUUAUUUUUAAAACAGUAAUAAAUGGAAAUCUGAAAAAAAAAAUGCAAUAUGUUAUAUAUUUGUAGUGCUGUUUUUAAAUCAUAAUAAAAUAUCUGGCUUAUUUUGAGCUCAUUUGGCUGUACUAAAAUAAUUUUUCCUUCAUUCAAUUGUGAAAAAGAACAUUUUGGCUUUAAAGGCCUUUUCUAUUUUAAAGCUACUAUAAUUUACAUUUAUUCACUGUUUAAUCCCAUUUCAACAAAGUGACAUUUUUCCUACCAAAGCUUACAUAUCAAAAUAUUGCUAAUAUUACUGAAAUAGAAUGAUGUUCUAUGGCAACUUAUGUUUUCUGCAAAGGUCCUGUAGUCUAUAGCUAAUUGUCCAAAAAGAAAAUAAUGACUCAAAUAUAUAAUUUCAUUAAAAGCUGAUUGUUUUUGCUGUUUGAUUUUCAGGAUGUCAUCACUAUGCCAUGAGGCGAGUAUCUCUGCAAAUUAGGCUACAUCAUAAUCUUUAUUUCUAUAGAAAAUAUCAUAAACUUAUAAUGAGUUUUAACAAAAUGAAAAUAAAACUUAAAUUUGAGCUGCUAAGAAAAUUAAAGCAAACAAAAGAAAUGUUUGAUAAUGGGUAAAAAUAUUAUAAAAUUCUGUUCCAUUUUUGUUUUUGAAAAUAUGUUUUUUUAAUUUCUAACUAGAAUAUUAUUAUUUUUUUUUGUUGAAAUAACUUUCUGUAAUAUGUAUGAAACUCAUUUCAAUAUGUUUUCAUUCUUUUUACACUCUGACUUAGAAAUGUAUUCUCAAAGAAAUGUAUGCUCAGUUUCACAAUUAAUAAUUAAGGCAACAGUAUUUUUUGUUUGUUGUCCAUUUGUUGUUAAAAUCCAAAAAAAAAAGAAUCUUUACCCUGUCUGAAAUGAUUUCUCUGAAAGUCUAAAACAUAUCCAGUUAGUUAUGCAGGAUAACUGACAUUGCUCUCAUGGUGCUAUUAUAGAUUUCUUUUAAAUGUAAUCUCUAGUACCUCGGUUCUUCUGUUCAUUUAUGUAUAGACUCUCCAAAAGACAAGAAUGAUUUUUUUUUUUCUACACUUGGAAGUUAUCAUUUUGUGAGCACAUCCCACAUGGUUGUAUUUACAUCCCUCCAUCUCUCUGCCUCCACCUCUGCAUACAUCUCUCCCCCCCCCCCCACCCAUCUCUGCCUCCUUCAUCUAGUAACAUUUAAUUUUGGCCUCAUUGCAGUAGUAGGCCUACAGAUCAUUUUUUUUUAUUACUACUAAGCUCAAAUGUCUUCCAUGACUUUUUUUUUUCUACUUUUGUGAACCUUCAAGUAAGAUUUGAUUCUCUAUAGCAUUUACUGGGCUUCACCCCCAUGUCUGAAAUUUUAUUUUAAAAUAAUAGUGAGAGAAAGAAAAAAAAGAACAACUAUUUUCCUUGUUAUCAUACAGAAAAAGAGAAAAAUUCAUAGUUAACUUGUAGGCCUGUUGUUGUAUUUCUUUUCAUAAUGCAUUGAUAAAAUUUAUUAGUUACUUAUGGGCAAAGAGGCAAGAAGAAAGUAGAUCUGAAAUAUAAAAGCCCAAUCCUUAAGUAAAUCAGGACAGACAAGAAAAAUAUUCAAUGCCUUGAAGUAUACUUUGUACAAGAAAACAUAAAACCCUUUGAACAAAAGUUUAAGUCUAAAAUUGUUUCCAAAUAUAGAUCUACAAGAAAUAGAUGUUAAAAUUGUAUUAAAUAAUAUUUGAAAUUGUACUAAAAAUAUUUAAAACUCCAUUGAAAAUAUAUGCACAAAACAGAAGUCAUUUCCUUUCAAGGGUCCAUGCCUUAGAGUUGGAAUGUGUGGUCGAGAGGCUAAGUAUGCUUGAACUUGGCUAUUUAUGAAGGGGGCUUGAGGUUCGACACCCAACUUGAGCAGAGUUGUGUUUACUUAGCGCCUGAAGGCAACACAGAAAACCUUCUCCCAGAUACCCCCUCCCCUCACUGAUUCACAAAUGAGAUUAGACCAUAGCGCUCUGAGCAUGCUACAAGCAUGAAAUUAGCACUAUAUAAAAACUAUAAUUUUAUUUAUUACACAAAGAGAAAGAUAGUUAAAUAUUAAUUUGAAACAACAAUUUCUUUGGCCCAAUGAAAGAAAAUGUUUCUUCUUUCCUUGUAAUUUUUUAAAAUAAAAUUUGAAAAUUUGAGUUCAAUGAAAAACAAAACACAUCAUUUUUAGUUCAGAGUUAAAUUUUCAGCUCAUGAUUUCUUGUGUUGUCCUGUGUGUCUUAGAUGAUAGUAUCUCUAAAUUAUAGCCAGUAUUAUUUCUGUUAUUAGUAAUGUGGAUGGAUGAAGCACCUUGACUUUAGCAUUUAGCACCUUAAGCCAGUGUAGACUUUAACAUUAUUCAACAAGAAAUACAUAGCCUAGAAAUCAUUGCCAAAAGAUUACUCAAGGGUAAAGUGUCUUGUUAAAAUAAUUUUGUUAGUAAAUUACAAUCUGAGACUAUUUAAAAUAAAAGACUUAAAAAAUGCCUACAUGAAAUCAAGGCCUAGAAAUAAACUUUCACUAUCGGUAUUAAUAUUUUACUAUUUGGAAAAAAAAUCUUUUUUUUUUCAAUAUUUAUGAAGAGAAAUUAUAGUUAGUGUGAUGAUUUGUUUUGAUAGACAUGCCAAAUCCGCUUACUGAUCCUUUUUUUCUUUUUUUGUCUUUUCUGAAUAUGUAUAAUUAUAUGUUUGAUUUUUAAAAAAAAGAUAGAAUAUUUACUUACAAAUAUGCAUAUAGAAAAUUUUAAUUUCUUUUUUAAUUUAAUGGUCUAGCCACCGUUUUAGUUCACCUGUUGGUUUAUUGUGAUAUUGUAGUAAUAAUUGAGGAUAGGUUGGUUAUAGAUUCAUUUAGAUCUAGUCUUUUUAUCUCCCCUUUCUCCUUAUCGCUUUUAUCUCGUCAUGAUCAGUAGCAUUUUGAAUUUGUUUUUCUAACAGUUCACUGCACGCCACAGAAGCUUCAAUAGCUACCCAUAUUUUUAUUUAUUUAUUAUUUGGUUAUGUGUAUUGUAACUUUUGUUGCUGUUGUUAUUUUUCAGUUGUUUUUUUUUCUUGUUGUUUGUUUUUUUUUCAACUGUUGUACAUUGUUAUUUUAUUACUAUUGCAACUGACAGUGUGUAUAACUUUACAGAGACAACUAUGGCAACAUUUGCAGAAAUAAAUAAUUUAGAAACAUGCAA